UAUCCAUACAUAAAUACUGCGAGACCGAUUGACACUUUACAGAGACUUCAGCUGUGUAACAUACCAAAAGUUAUCAUGUUUACGCCUCUAUUAUCUUUUUUGUUGCAGCACAAUCGGUUGCAUGAUAUAAAGAUACUGUGCAACUACAAAAUCACGCACGCCGUGUAUUAUAAAGAACUGAUGAUGCCACUAGUACGCUCCUAUCUCGCUACGAAAGACAUCAAUACUUGUAUAACAUUAUUGAUGGCGUUUCCACAAGGUCAAGAUUUCAUCGGCUUUUUUUUGAAAGCAUUGAUGAAAUAUUCGAUUUCGCAAAACGAAUUUGAGCUUAUUUUGGAAGAAUUGACAAAACAUAAGGCGAGAAUAUCGCAAGAGGACGCGAGCAUUCUUAAGAAUCGACUGCAAAACAAAAAUUUUAGUCUCAAAAUUAUGAACUUAAUAGACGAUCUGCAUAAUCCUUUUGUAAAAAAUGUUCCGCCAAUGUCCCAUAUGAUGUUUAUGAACACCAAGGAAUUAACAUAUUACAUGGUGGAGCUGAAGCACAAGGAAGCCAAUAUUCAAAAUAUUCUGCAAAAAUUGCUGUUUAUGCACUGUAUCGAGAACAAUCUCAAACAGGCCGAAGUGAUAAAACGGGAAUACGAUGCGUGCCAGUACAAUUUGACGCCCGGCAUAAAGUCGUUUUUAUUCGAAUUAUAUCUCAAUCACGACAAGCUGAACGAGGCCGAAGCGCUGAUGGCCGAUUUGCAGACGUCCGAUAAAAUCGAGUUAGACAGAAUCAAAAUUGUUAUGUACGCCAUCGCAUUGGUGAAGGCGGAUAAUCCUGCAAAGGCUUUUAAUGUUAUUGAGAAUAUCAGUACCAUCGAUCACGAAAUAAACGCGCAAGAUUAUUGUUGUACACUUCUGGAGGUUCUAGCAAAGAGUCGGUAUCGCGCGCGCACGGCGGACAUGUUAAAUCUGCUCUUGAAGAGAAAUUACUGUGAAAUAACCAUGGAAUUGUUAAGGCCAUUGAUGAUGAUAUCAUUAGAAUGCAACAAAAUCCAGGACACUGUAAAUGUACUCGCGGAAUACGCGCAAAAGUAUCAUGAAGCGCCGUUAGCACUGGAAGUGUUGACAGUAUUGUUGCAAGAGAAGCACAGUAAGCACAGUACAAAUUUGUACGAUGCGAAUAACUAUAUAGAACAAGUAUAUGAUAUAAUAACUACUACCUAUUCCGUCGAUGUGGCAAACACAAUACUGGCGAUAGCAUUAGCGACAUUAAACAAAAAAAAGAAACUGCAGACUUUAUUACAGAAUUACAAUCUCUCCAUGAAAUGCCUUGUAUAUUAUGUCUUUAAUGUAAAAAGUAACAGUGGUUUUGACGGCUUGCAAAAUAUCUUAAAAGUAGCCGAUGCGAAUCAUGUAAAUCAAACUGCUAUGUGUGAUACGCUCCUUAUCGCUUACAGUCGAAAGGGAGAUUGCAACCGUGCUUUAGAACUGUGGAAUAUUAUGUGUACAAAGAAUAUUGAGCCUAGUGAAGUGUUCAAGAAUAAUUUUGUUCAAUUUUUAUUGUCAAACAAAAUUCCGCUGCCGCCAGAAUUGGACGGAAUAAAAAAAAUUGUAUAGACUAAAUAUUAGUGAAUUUGAAUACUAAAGUUCUUGGCCAUUCAUCACUACUGUUUUAGAUUGUGAUGUCAGAAGCGAGAACACUCACAAACUCAUCAUGCACAAUAACAAUUUUUCAGAAUAUAUUCAAGUAGAAAUAUUUUUCAGUAAAACAUUUGCAAUCGAUAGAGAGAAUAGACAAAAAA